GCUACCCGCCCGCGGUCUUGAGAGCCUGGAAGGAAAGGAAAACAAACAACAACAAAGUCAACUCCAAAGUUAUCGCUCCCGACUCCGUUGUUUAUUUAUUUUCUACUCGUGGAGUGCGCGUUGUUGUCGGGGGAAGGCCGCGGCCGAGCGUCGGUGCCCCCGGGACACCGGAGCGUUAGAGCUAUUCUGCUAACUGAGAAGGACACAGAAAAUAGAUGUCCACGCCUACAGACUCUGGCGCCAUGCCUCAUCCAGGUCCUUCCCCUGGACCAGGACCUUCCCCUGGCCCGAUCCUAGGACCUAGCCCAGGACCAGGGCCGUCUCCUGGCUCAGUGCACAGCAUGAUGGGGCCAAGUCCUGGUCCACCCAGUGUCCCGCACCCAAUGCCAACAAUGGGACCUGCUGAUUAUCCACAGGAAGGCAUGCAUCAAAUGCAUAAGAGCAUCGAUGGCUUGCAUGAGAAAGGAAUGGUUGAAGACGUUCAUUGCAGCUCCAUGAAGAGUAUGCGACCUCCUCACCCUGGAAUGGGGCCACCUCAGAGUCCAAUGGACCAGCAUAGCCAAGGUUAUAUGUCUCCACACCCAUCUCCCCUAGGAGCCCCAGAGCAUGUGUCCAGUCCGAUGUCUGGGGGUGGUCCAACUCCACCACAGAUGACUCCCAGUCAGCCAGGACCCAUAAUGCAAGGAGACCCACCAGUUAUGAGCCAGCCUAACAGAGGUCCUUCACCAUUCAGCCCUGUGCAGCUGCAUCAGCUCCGAGCUCAAAUUCUCGCCUACAAAAUGUUAGCUAGAGGUCAGCCUUUACCCGAAAACCUUCAGCUUGCUGUUCAAGGAAAGAGGACUUUGCCUGGCAUUCAACAGCAGCAGGCUCCCAUUGCCUUCAACAGACAGUCUGGCCAAGGCCCGGACAUGAGCGUUCCCAGCGCACCACAGAAACUUGCCGCGCCACCGCCCAGCGGGAGACCUUCUCCUGCUCCUCCUGCUGCACCGCCUGCCACUGCCAUGCCCGGCCCUUCUGUGCCACAGCCACCACCUGGACAGCCUUCGCCUAUCGUGCAGCUGCAGCAGAAGCAGAAUCGCAUCAGUCCUAUCCAGAAGCCACAAGGACUGGAUCCUGUUGAAAUACUCCAAGAACGUGAAUAUAGGCUUCAGGCUCGAAUUGCCCAUAGAAUCCAGGAACUGGAGAACUUGCCUGGCUCUUUGCCUCCUGAUCUGCGAACCAAAGCUACGGUGGAGUUGAAGGCACUUAGGUUACUGAAUUUCCAGCGCCAGCUAAGACAAGAGGUAGUAGCCUGCAUGCGUCGUGACACAACGCUGGAGACAGCGCUCAACUCCAAAGCCUACAAGCGAAGCAAGCGCCAGACUCUGAGGGAGGCCCGAAUGACAGAGAAACUUGAGAAACAGCAGAAGAUAGAACAGGAGAGGAAGCGUAGACAGAAGCAUCAGGAAUACCUAAACAGUAUAUUGCAGCAUGCUAAAGAUUUUAAAGAGUACCACCGGUCUGUGGCUGGGAAAAUUCAGAAGCUUUCUAAAGCCGUGGCAACUUGGCAUGCCAAUACUGAGCGUGAGCAGAAGAAAGAAACGGAGAGGAUUGAGAAAGAAAGAAUGAGAAGACUCAUGGCUGAAGAUGAGGAAGGCUACCGUAAGCUGAUUGACCAGAAGAAAGACAGACGCCUGGCAUACCUGUUGCAGCAAACAGAUGAGUAUGUGGCCAAUCUGACUAAUCUGGUGUGGGAGCACAAACAGGCACAAGCAGCCAAAGAGAAGAAGAAGAGAAGGAGGAGAAAGAAGAAGGCUGAAGAAAAUGCAGAAGGAAUGGCAUCUGGGCUUGGUCCUGAUGGAGAGCCAAUAGAUGAGAGCAGCCAAAUGAGUGACCUUCCAGUUAAAGUAACUCAUACUGAAACUGGCAAAGUUCUUCUUGGACCAGAAGCACCAAAAGCAAGCCAGCUAGAUGCCUGGCUGGAAAUGAACCCUGGCUAUGAAGUUGCUCCCAGGUCAGACAGUGAAGAUGAAAGCGGCUCUGAAUAUGAGGAGGAGGAUGAUGAAGAAGAAUCAAGCAGGUUAGAAGCAGAUGAGAAGAUACUUUUGGAUCCUAACAGUGAGGAGGUUUCUGAGAAAGAUGCCAAGCAGAUCAUUGAGACAGCCAAGCAGGAUGUGGAUGAUGAAUACAGUAUGCAGUACAGUGCUAGAGGAUCUCAGUCCUACUACACUGUUGCCCAUGCAAUCACAGAAAGGGUGGAGAAACAAUCUUCUCUUCUUAUUAAUGGCACACUAAAACAUUAUCAGCUCCAGGGCCUGGAAUGGAUGGUUUCACUCUAUAAUAACAAUUUGAAUGGAAUUUUAGCUGAUGAAAUGGGGCUAGGAAAAACUAUACAAACCAUUGCACUUAUCACUUAUCUGAUGGAGCACAAAAGACUCAAUGGCCCUUAUCUCAUUAUUGUCCCCCUUUCAACCUUAUCCAAUUGGACCUACGAAUUUGACAAAUGGGCUCCCUCUGUGGUGAAAAUAUCUUACAAGGGCACACCUGCAAUGCGCCGCUCACUUGUUCCUCAACUUCGAAGUGGAAAAUUCAAUGUUCUUUUAACUACAUACGAGUACAUAAUAAAGGACAAGCACAUUCUUGCUAAGAUUCGAUGGAAGUACAUGAUAGUAGAUGAAGGGCAUCGAAUGAAGAACCAUCACUGCAAACUGACCCAGGUGUUGAAUACUCACUAUGUGGCCCCUAGGCGGAUACUGCUGACUGGGACUCCAUUGCAGAACAAAUUGCCUGAACUUUGGGCUCUUCUCAACUUCCUCCUGCCCACCAUAUUCAAGAGUUGUAGCACAUUUGAACAGUGGUUCAAUGCUCCAUUUGCCAUGACUGGAGAACGGGUGGACUUAAAUGAAGAAGAAACAAUUCUGAUCAUCCGUCGUCUACACAAAGUUCUUCGACCUUUCUUGCUGAGAAGAUUGAAGAAAGAGGUUGAAUCUCAACUACCAGAAAAGGUGGAAUAUGUGAUCAAAUGUGACAUGUCAGCUCUUCAGAAGAUUCUGUACCGUCACAUGCAAGCCAAGGGAAUCCUCCUCACAGAUGGUUCUGAGAAAGACAAAAAGGGGAAAGGUGGGGCAAAGACUCUUAUGAAUACAAUCAUGCAGCUGAGGAAGAUAUGCAACCACCCAUACAUGUUCCAGCACAUUGAGGAGUCCUUUGCUGAACAUCUAGGCUACUCAAAUGGUGUCAUCAAUGGAGCCGAACUUUAUCGGGCCUCAGGGAAGUUUGAGCUACUUGAUCGUAUUUUACCAAAGUUACGAGCCACUAACCAUCGUGUGCUUCUUUUCUGUCAAAUGACAUCACUCAUGACCAUUAUGGAAGACUACUUUGCAUUUCGAAAUUUCCUUUACCUGCGUCUUGAUGGUACAACAAAGUCAGAAGAUCGAGCUGCUCUGCUGAAGAAGUUUAAUGAACCUGGGUCACAAUAUUUUAUCUUCUUGCUGAGUACAAGAGCUGGAGGCCUAGGCCUAAAUCUCCAGGCUGCUGACACUGUUAUAAUCUUUGAUAGUGACUGGAAUCCUCAUCAGGACUUGCAGGCCCAAGACAGAGCUCACCGCAUUGGUCAGCAGAAUGAAGUUCGAGUCCUGCGACUGUGCACUGUGAACAGUGUGGAAGAAAAGAUACUUGCUGCUGCGAAGUAUAAGCUGAAUGUGGAUCAAAAAGUUAUUCAGGCUGGAAUGUUUGAUCAGAAAUCUUCAAGCCAUGAAAGGAGGGCUUUCCUACAGGCCAUACUGGAGCAUGAAGAAGAAAAUGAGGAAGAAGAUGAAGUUCCGGAUGAUGAGACUCUGAAUCAGAUGAUUGCUCGACGUGAGGAGGAAUUUGAUCUCUUCAUGCGCAUGGACAUGGACCGUCGUAGGGAGGAUGCCAGAAACCCCAAGCGCAAGCCCCGCCUGAUGGAAGAGGAUGAGCUGCCAUCCUGGAUUAUUAAGGAUGAUGCUGAAGUUGAAAGACUCACAUGUGAAGAAGAGGAAGAGAAAAUAUUUGGAAGAGGGUCCCGUCAGCGCAGGGAUGUGGACUAUAGUGAUGCUCUCACAGAAAAACAGUGGUUGCGGGCAAUUGAAGACGGAAAUUUGGAAGAAAUGGAAGAGGAAGUCCGGCUUAAAAAACGGAAGAGACGAAGAAAUGUGGAUAAGGAUUCUGGGAAAGAAGAUGGAGAGAAAGCAAAGAAAAGAAGAGGCAGACCUCCUGCAGAGAAGUUGUCACCCAACCCACCUAAACUGACAAAACAGAUGAAUGCUAUUAUUGACACUGUGAUUAACUACAAAGACAGCUCAGGACGGCAGCUAAGUGAAGUCUUCAUUCAGCUUCCGUCUAGGAAAGAAUUGCCAGAGUAUUAUGAGUUGAUUAGGAAACCAGUGGACUUCAAAAAAAUAAAGGAAAGAAUUCGUAAUCAUAAAUAUCGGAGUCUUGGGGAUUUGGAGAAGGAUGUGAUGUUGCUGUGCCACAAUGCUCAGACAUUCAACUUGGAGGGAUCACAGAUCUAUGAGGAUUCCAUUGUCCUCCAGUCUGUGUUCAAAAGUGCACGACAGAAGAUUGCCAAAGAAGAAGAAAGCGAGGAUGAAAGCAAUGAGGAUGAAGAUGAGGAUGAUGAAGAGGAGUCAGAGUCAGAAUCAAAAUCAGUGAAAGUCAAAAUCAAGCUAAGUAAGAAGGACGAGAAAGGUCGGGAAAAAGGAAAAGGCAAGAAGAGGCAAAACCGAGCGAAAGCCAAGCCUGUUGUGAGUGAUGAUGAUAGUGAUGAGGAUCAAGAUGAAAAUGACCAGUCGGAAGCAAGCGGAAGUGAUGAUGAGUGAUCCAUAGGGUUUAUUUUCUUGGCAGAACUGACCCCCUCCCCUUCUCUUCUCCCUUCUCCUAUUUUACACCCAGUGAAUUCAUUUUGUCAAAUAGACAUUGGGUUGUUUCUGUAUUUUCAUUCUCUAUAAACUAGCUUUAGGAUAGUGCCAGACAAACAUAUGAUAUCAUGGUGUAAAAAAGGAAAAAUGUAACAUAUUGUGACCAAAUCGGCCUCAAAGAUUUAAAAAUGAAACAACAAAAAAGAGCUUUUGAUGGAAAAUGUGGGUUGAUAGUAUAUUUCUAUGGGCUGGGUUUAGCUUGGUAAUGACUUGAUUGUGCCUGGUUUUAUUGUUUGAUAGGAUGUUUUUCAGUGGCAACAGAAAGACAAAAACAAUGUCUUUUGUAGCAUUGAUAACCAGGAAAAGCCAUUAAAAGCCACUGGUUAUUUUAUUUUUCAUCAGGCAGUUUUCCAGGUUUUUAUUUGUUCUGUACUGGGUUUUUUACACUGUGGUACAUAUAUGCAACUUUGUUUAAUAGCUUAUAAAUGUACAGUAGUUAGCCUUCACCCAUCUUGUCUCAUAUAUGUUUUUCCACCUUAUGCUUGACGAUCUUCAGAAAAAUGCUUUUUGAAUUGUAUCAAAUUUAUGUCUACUGUAAACUUUGCUUAACUUUUUUCUCUUUGAUUAAAAAAAAAAAAAGUUGGGUUGAAAAUGCUAUUGAAUAUUGCAAUCUAUAUAGUGUAAUGGAUGGCUUCUUUCAUCAGACUGAUCUUCUAUGUUACCAAUGUGGAUUAUCACCUUUUCCCUAAAGUGUACUUAAU